AAAUCCUUCCUUCCCGAGUUAGACGCCCAGGCUGAGAAAUUGGUUCCGAACCCAACGGAACCAGGGUUAGGCGACGCCAGAUCACAUGACCAGCGGUCCCCAUGACGUGCGUGCUGCGGGGCGUCACUGUGACGUUUGGACGACCUGCUAAGUGGCCGGGCUACCUCCGCCACCUGUGUAGCCGCGGCGCUGCCAUGGACCUGGGACCAAUGCGCAAGAGUUACCGCGGGGACCGAGAGGCAUUUGAAGAAACUCAUCUGACCUCUCUGGACCCCAUUAAGCAGUUUGCUUCCUGGUUUGAAGAGGCUGUUCAAUGCCCUGACAUCGGGGAAGCCAACGCCAUGUGUCUGGCCACCUGCACCAGAGACGGAAAACCCUCUGCCCGCAUGUUGCUGCUGAAGGGCUUUGGCAAGGAUGGCUUCCGCUUCUUCACUAACUACGAGAGUCGAAAAGGAAAAGAGCUGGACUCUAAUCCCUUUGCUUCCCUUGUCUUCUACUGGGAGCCCCUUAACCGCCAGGUGCGUGUGGAGGGUUCCGUGAAGAAGCUGCCUGAGGAGGAGGCUGAGUGCUACUUCCACUCCCGCCCCAAGAGCAGCCAGAUUGGUGCUGUGGUUAGCCACCAGAGUUCUGUGAUCCCUGAUCGAGAGUAUUUGAGAAAGAAAAAUGAGGAACUGGAGCAGCUUUAUCGGGAACAAGAGGUGCCCAAGCCCAAAUACUGGGGCGGCUAUGUCCUGUGCCCGCAGGUGAUAGAGUUCUGGCAAGGCCAAACCAACCGGCUACAUGACCGGAUUGUCUUUCGUCGGGACCUCUCUAUAGGAGACUCCCCUUUGGGGCCCAUGACUCAUCGCGGGGAGGAAGGCUGGCUCUAUGAGAGACUUGCACCAUGACUGGAGGCUGGCUAGAGUGCAACAGGGAUGAGGUGCUGAGAGGGUGUGGGACUGGGAGCCUGGCCCUUUUUUAAAAUUCGGUCCAUUUCCCUUCCCACCCUUUAUAUCUGUGGCUCUCCAGAUCUCCUUCUCUGAGUUCUGUGUACUCAGUUGGGCAUCAGUUAGCUGCUGGAAUGGAUUGUACUGAAUCUAGAGAACCACACAUGCGGGAGAAUCCUGUAAUCAUCCCUUUUUUUUUUUUUUUUUAACUUUGCCUGUGAUUUUUUUAAUAGCUCCCCCUAGGGGUGGUGGCUGGUGUGACUCCCUUUCUGGCCCACUCCCAGUCUGUUAUGUAAACCGUAUUGCCCCAAACUGAUUGGUCCCAGUGCAGGCACCUGAACCAAUCUAGUCAAUCACAUAUUCUUGUUAAUAAUUUGAAGUUUGAAAUGGAGAGACCCAGAGCCUUGGAAGUCAUUGUAGCUAAGAAGUCAUUAAUAGCAACCAAGAAACAGCCUCUGGCUGCUACUGUUGCAAUUCCUGCAUUGCCCUGCACCCCUCCUUGUCUUGUCUCUGCUGUGUGGUUCCUCCUACUGUCUCAGAACACCCUACUAUCUAUAUAAAUUCUCUUCCUCCUUCUCCUCCCUCUUCCUCUUCUUUUCUCAGAUUAAACUAGAAUUAAUUUACAAAUAAAAGAACAUGAACUAAUUUAUGAAAGAUUAUUUUUGUAAUAUUCACCCCCACUGAUUGCUGCCUUCUAUUAUUUGAAACAUAGCAAUAUGCAUAAGAUUAAAUUUAUUCUUUAUAGUUCCUAGGGACCCAUAGGUAAAAUUUAUAGAUAAGUAGGUUUCAUCUCAAUAUGGAGAGAAAUUGGAAUGAGCCAUCUAUUGUGUGUGAGUGUUCUAUCACUAGAUGUAUUGGAUCCCAGCCCAUCAGAAAUUUUGUAGAAGGUUUCAUGUGCUGUUACUUAUAAACCAGAAAGAUUUUUAUAAAACUUAACUGACCAUGUACAUUUAUGGAAAUUUAGUGUACGCAGGCAUGCACACGUGUAGGUACACAUAUACUUAUUUUCCAAAUAUAAAAUUAUUAUAUAUAGAGAUUUGCUGUUUGGACUAUCCACGCACUCCCUUCCCCUACUCCUCACCUCUGCUGAAGAUAAUUCCUAAGUCACUGGUUUUCACCUACAUUGGAAUUACCCAGGGAAGUUUAAAACUCUAGAUGCCCUAGAUCCCAUCCUUGGAGAGGAUUUAACUGAUCUCGGUGCAGCCGGGGCAUUGGGGAACUUAAAUGCCCCUCAGGGAAAUCUGUGCAGCCAAAAUUGAGACCUUAUAGUCUGAAAUUCUUGACACUUGCCAUAUGGUCUGUGGACCAGAAGCAUUAGCAUCACUUGGGAGUCCAUUAGAGGUACAAGCCGUCAGUCCCACCCAGACCUAAUGAAUCCAGUUCUGCAUUUUUACAAGACUCCCAGUGACCAGAUGCACUGGCCUCAACUUCUAAAGCAAGGUCUCCCACUCACAAAGUUGGUGAGCCUUUCAUAGCCCUUGUCUGUCUACUGUGCUACACUGCAUUUGCUUCUCUUGAGCACAGGCCUGCUGACUAGGGACAUGGCCAAAUGGCCUAUUGGCCAUGGAGAGGAACCAGGCUGGUAAAUAUUUGCUGUGACAGAGCCAAAAUUAUUUGCACUGGUUGACCUUGAACUUGCUACUCUGUAAACUGUACUUCCUUUAACUAUAUGGGUGUGGGCUUCAGUCUGUUAUUGGCCAGGGUCCUCCAAGGGCAGCCCUCUCCUGUGUUGAUCCCUGCUUAAGCCUGAAUGGAGGAAGGCACAUUGACCCUGUGGUCACUUUACUGGGCAGCCUUACCUACUUGGUCCCUUUUGUUGUGCCAUGGCUGCAACUUUUAUGAGCACACGUUUGUAUAUGUGUGUGUGUGUGUGUAUGUGUGAAAAGUACUACACCCCAUCUGUGUUAUUCGGGCUGUGUCACCUCUCAGCUUCGAGCCUGGUCUCAGGUGUUCCUUUUCAGUUCUCUAUCAAUUACUGUGCCAAGUGUGUAAUAAAAGCCUGUCAACCAA